AGCGACAUACUCUCGAGACUCCCGAUCUCCGUCGCUCAUACUUUAACGCACCGUCCGUAGACACUCAAGUCAACCCGAUUCAAUCAUGUACGCCAAGAUCGCAGUCCUGAGUUGCGUGCUCGCGCUCGCCAGAGCCGGAGCCAUCGGAGUCGCGACGUACGCCGCCCCAGCGGUCGCAACCUACGCGGCACCGGCCUACACCAGCUACUCGGCACCAGCCUACACCAGCUACUCGGCACCGGCCCUCACCGCCACCUCCGAGAACGUCUACCGCAGCGCCGGCAACCUCCAGUCGAUCUCGACCCAAUCGAGGAGCAUCGCCACCCCCUUCUCCAGCAGUAACAAACAGUUCACCAGCGUCACAAACCCCGGAGUCUACGCCCACGUCGCCCCGGUCGCUUACGCUGCCGCUCCCCAGCUCGCCUACGCCGCAGCCCCUCAGCUCGCCCACGCCGCUCCCCUCGCCUACUCCGCACCCGCAGUGGCCCAUGCCGCCCCGGCAGUCGCUCACGGGAGCAGCCUCCUCGGAGUUGCCUACUCCCCGGCUGUCGCCGUCUCUCACAUGACCUACUCGAGCCCCGUCGGCAUCAACUACUCCUACUAAUUUAUUCGGCCUACCUGUGAUUCGGCCAAGUACACCCCUACCAUUGUACAUACACUGUAUAAAUGAACCGACCCACCCCCGCGACAUCCGCUCAUCCAUUAAAAUAUCGCUCGUAGUUACCCCGUGUACGACCGCGUUUGUGCUUGCUGACAUGCGCCCAAGCAUACGUCG